GCUCUUAAAGAGGCGUGUUUGCGCACGAACGUUAAAAUCGAAUAAAUAGUCGUCUGCAGAAAGCUCGAAGCAGACGUCACAAUAGACCACGACGUCGUGGUAGAAUAACAGUGGGGCGCGAGCAAGUGUCAAUUUGAUUAUUGUCAUCAUUCUCUCGUGAGUAUCGGUGAUUCUGUCAAGACCGUUCGGAAUUUCUACCGAUGAUCGGCAAAUCGCGUCUACGUUUUCCUGUGGGUGCCGUGAGGCGGCGAGAAAGGCCACCUCUUUAAAUUAAAAGAAGGAAUGACGCUGGAGAAUCCGUUCUUUGUCGUCAAGGACGAAGUUUGUAAGGCCUUAAAUAAAAAUCGCGGUUUGUACGGACGCUGGACGGAAUUACAAGAUGUUGUUGUCACGAGUCCGAAUGUGAGUGGGGGAAUCCCAAUUUCACGGGACGAAUUAGAGUGGACAACCACCGAAUUACGGAAAGCCUUACGUUCGAUCGAAUGGGAUCUUGAUGAUCUAGAAGACACGAUCCGUAUUGUAGAAAAGAAUCCAACAAAAUUUAAGAUAGAUAAUAAGGAAUUAACGGUUCAACGAAGUUUUAUCGAACAAACUCGAGAGGAAGUUAAGAUCAUGAAGGAUAAAAUGAAUUUAAGUAGAGGUCGGGACCGCGAUAAUACAGCAAGGCAGCCACUUUUGGACAACAGUCCAGCCAGAGUUCCUGUCAACCAUGGUACAACUAAGUACAGUAAAUUGGAAAAUGAAAUUGAUAGUCCAAAUAGGCAAUUUUUGGGAGAUACGUUACAACAACAAAAUGACAUGAUGAGACAACAAGAUGAACAAUUAGAUAUGAUAGGUGAAAGCAUUGGAACUCUUAAAACAGUUUCUAGGCAAAUCAACACUGAAUUAGACGAACAGGCAGUUAUGCUAGAUGAAUUUGGUAAUGAGUUAGAAGUAACGGAUUCCAAGCUGGAUGCGACAAUGAAAAAAAUGGCCAAAGUUCUUCAUAUGAGUAAUGGUGUAGAUAAACGUAGUAUAGUACACAUUAUUGUGGAAUAUUCACAUGGUAUUGUGAAAGUACCACUCAGUUUAUGUGUGUAACGGAUGUAAAUGAAAAUAUAAAGUUUGAAAGAAAAGUGUUAAGAAAAGAGAAGAGAAAAAUGUAAAAACAAUUAUUUGUACGUAUGAUGGUUACUGAUCAAUUGUUUUCCAAUGCGAAUAAAAAUGUUCAUAAGUACUAUGAAAAUUAGAGACUGCAGGCAAUCUAAAGCUCUAUUUUAGGAAGAUUAGGCAUAAUAGAAAGAAUUGAUAAUUAGAAAAUGAAACGUUCAUUUCAUUGUUAAAAAGAGUGUUAAUAAUAUAACGUUGUGAAUUCAUACAUAAAACAAAAAUUGUCUAUUCUAGUAUGUAUUUAAAAACAAAAACGGAAAAGUAUACUUUAUUAUUUCUCAUUAAUGACCAAUUGUGAAGAUACACUGAUAAAUAAAACUUGCGACUUUAUUUAUACUGUACGUGUUACUGUAAGGUACCACAAAUUCCUGACCCAUUGAAAUUAUUCAGAUAACCAUUGUAGUAGUAAGAUUAUAGUAUAUAAGAACUCGUUGCAAAUUAGAUUCUAUGUUUGAGAGGAUUUAACAUUGUAUGAUACAAUUGAAUUUCAAAUAAAACUAUUUUUCUGAUGUUUGAUUUAACAAGUAUGUUUAGUUUUUCAUACACUCAUGUGAGUAAAUGAUACGAAAACUCUCAAUCAUGGAAUGUAAUAUAAUUUUUCACUUGAAAUAUGUUUAUGGAUGUAUAUUUUAGAUAUUAUGUCAUUCUUCUUGUUUUUGGCUUAUAUAUGUUUGUGUGAAAAUAAUUUUGAUAUAUACAUAUAUGUAAUAAUGCAAAUGCAAAAAGAUUAAUAUAAAUAAGAAUCAUUGUUUUGGAGCUUCCAUAUUUUAAUGAAUGUUAUAAUUACUGCUUGUUAUUUCUAAAUAACUUUAACUUAAUACGUGAUUUUUAUAUAUCAUUUAAAAUACAAAAUUAGUUUGCAAUAUUGAUUCUUUGUACUCUGCUUAAAAAACUUAUAUUGAUAGAAUAUUUUUUAUAUAUCUAAAGAAUUGAACAUUUGUAUUGUAUCAUAUGAAAUUUUAUAAACAGUAAAUUCACUUGAUUAUCUGGUAAUGACAUAUUUUAUAAUUCGUCAUUUGAGUGCAAGGUAUCAAUAGAAAAUGUUCAAUGUUAUUAUAAAUUGCUUGUUGAAAAGUGCAUGUUGAAAAUAAUGUACAAUGUUUACUGUUUGAAGAAGGGCCAAAUAUAUAGUAUUGAUUUUCCUUA